CUUUGGAAAUUGUUGAUACUGAUUCUAACUUAAAAAAAACUUUACAAUUAUCUAUUUCUGCAUGAAUGUCGAAGAUUUAAGUUGCAAUACAAGUCAUUCCACCUAAUUUUAGUUUUUCUUAAUUCUUUAUCACAAUAAAGUGCGGAAAAUAAUAUAAUGAUAAACUCAUAAUAUCAAUAGGAACAAUGGCCUGUACUGAAGAUGAUGAGGUUAUUCGACAGGCCUUUAUGGUAAAAAGGUCUCAAAAUAAGAAGAUAUUUACACCAGUCAACUACAAGGAACGCUGUUUUGUUCUCACAAGAAAAGCACUAAUAUACUAUGAUUCUGAUGGUCAAAAACGUAAAGAGCGCGGACGUAUACCGACGGACGCCAUUCAUACGGUUGAACAAGCACAGCUAGGAGAGCUGAGUAAGCAAAUACUAGACGGCGACAACGAAAAGAGUCCUGCCUACAGGUACCCCUUCCAGGUUGGUUAUACGGAACAGAACACUGACUACACAUUAUAUCUUGCGGCUCGAGAGCACAGUGAAAGAUUGAGCUGGAUUCACGAAAUUAGAACUAUUUGUAUAUCGAACACUCGUCGAGCGCGCUACCACCCAGAGGUCUGGUCGGCGCGGCGCUGGGCUUGCUGUGACGCGGAGCGCCGUUCAGCACCGGGCUGUGCCCUUACUGCUAUCUGGCCGCUACCGGAACCCGAGCUAGAACUAAUUAUCCAAGAUCAUAAACCUAACAGUGAAAACGGCUUACCGGUCACGGCGGCCGUCACCAUGCCCGGAGGAGGCGGAGUUCCUCCAGGGACUCCUUCGGCGAAACCAAAGGAAAAACAAAGAACUAAAGUCGUGGUGGCUUUAUAUCCCUUCAAAGCCAUCGAAAGCGGCGACCUUUCACUAGAGAAGGGGGCAGAGUAUGAAGUAAUAGAUGAUUCACAGGAACAUUGGUGGAAAGUUAAAGAUGAAAAUGGAUCUGUUGGAUACAUUCCAAGUAAUUACGUUAAGGAAAAGGAAACGAUAGGGUUACAAAAAUAUGAAUGGUACGUGGGUGAGAUGUCUCGACAGCGGGCUGAAUCAGUACUCAAACAAGAGGACAAAGAGGGCUGCUUCGUCGUACGUAACUCCUCGACAAAGGGAAUGUACACACUCUCGUUAUAUACCAAAGUAAAUCAUCCACAGACAAAACACUACCACAUAAAACAAAAUAUUCGCGGCGAGUUCUAUUUAUCGGAUAAACAUUGCUGCUCAAGUAUUCCCGAACUAAUAAACUACCACAAGCACAACAGCGGCGGACUUUGCUGCAGACUAAAGGCGACUCCUUGCGAUAGGCCAGCUCCUCCUACGGCCGGACUCUCCCACGACAAGUGGGAGAUCGACCCGGGCGAGCUGGUGCUGCUGGAGGAGCUGGGCGCGGGGCAGUUCGGCGUGGUGCGGCGCGGGCGCUGGCGCGGCCGCACCGACACCGCCGUCAAGAUGAUGAAGGAGGGCACCAUGUCCGAGGACGACUUCAUCGACGAGGCCAAGGUCAUGACGAAACUCCAACAUCAGAACCUUGUCCAGUUGUACGGGGUGUGCUCCAAGCAUCGUCCUAUAUACAUCGUGACGGAGUACAUGCGGCACGGCUCUCUCUUCAACUACCUGCGACGCACCGCACCCGACCAGCUGGGACCGGCCGUCUUACUUGACAUGUGUAUACAGGUUUGCAAAGGCAUGGCAUAUUUAGAACGACAUAAUUACAUUCAUCGAGACUUAGCUGCAAGAAAUUGCUUAGUAGGAGAUGAAAAUGUAGUCAAGGUUGCAGACUUUGGCUUAGCGCGAUAUGUCCUAGACGAUCAGUACACAAGUUCUGGCGGCACAAAAUUUCCUAUAAAAUGGGCUCCACCUGAAGUUCUCAACUACACGCGAUUUUCAUCUAAAUCCGACGUUUGGGCGUUUGGAGUCUUAAUGUGGGAAGUAUUUACCUGUGGGAAAGUACCUUAUGGUCGAAUGAAAAAUUCGGAAGUAGUCGAAAUGGUCCAGAGAGGACAGGUGCUUGAAAAACCUAAGGGAUGCUUAAAUGAAAUUUAUAAUGUAAUGAAAGCAUGCUGGAGACACGCGCCCGAGGAGAGGCCUUCGUUCCGGCUGCUGAAGGAGGAGCUGGCCGGCGUGGCGCAGAGCGUGCUGGCCGAUUGACUGCGCCUGCUGCUGCUGCUGCUGCGGCCCGCGCCGCCCUCCCCGCCCUGCCCCGCCCCCGCGCCCGCCACGGCCACGCUGCCGCGCGCGCGCCGCGUGCACGCCGCCUCGCCCGUGUGAGCGCCCGCGCCAGCACCACUCGUGACGGAGAUGACCGAAACUAAUUCUUUAAAUUUACUGUCGAGCCCGGUGUGUGAUGGGUCAAAUGAUUGGAAUCUAUUGUCUUAGUUUUGGUUACCUUUCGCACGAGCCGUACUGAAUUAUUCCCCAUGAGACUCGAUUUACAUGAUCGAUAUCGGUUUCGAUUACAUAAAUAAAUUAUUUUCUGACUGUCAGACCAGGUUUAUUGUCUUCGUGCUUAUUAUUUAUUUGCAAAAUAAAAGUAGAUCAUAAAUUCAUCUGGUGCAAGUCUCGUCUAUUUUUACAAUUAAAAGCACACAGUACAUACGCCAAUGAUAUAACAUGAUAAUUAUUGUGACAUUCUAGUAAUGAUCACUAAUGUGAAUGAUGAUGAUCCAUAUUCAGGAUUGAGGAGGAUUGCUAUGAAUAUCAUGCAUAUGUUUAACUAUUAAUAUUAAUGAUACCGCUGCAAUUGAACAUGCAAAUCGAGUCCAGUCCUUUGUUUUAAGUUUACGACCGCGUCUACCGCCGUACCUCCGACUUUCCCAUACAAAUCAUGCUUAAAUUACCUUCUCAAUAUCUUAUCUUUUUGUUUGAUUAUGUAUUACUUGGGUACUCGCUUAUUUACAGAAUAUGGAAUUGAUCGCGUUAAUAAUAAUUUUGACAUCCACUACAUUAUAAAAAUGGAAUGUAUUUUGACAGUUUAGCUAAAGUCAACAGAGAUGCCAUACAUUAUGUCCUCGAUUAUAAAUAACACAGUUUCUCCAGCGAACCCCUUCUAUAUUAUUUGAGGUGAUUAAAAAAAAUGUGGCAACAGCAGCUUCAGGAUAUUUAUAUAAAAGUGUUCAGAAAGAACGUAUUUAGAUUAUAUAUGUAUAUUGAAUCAAUACAAGAUGUCACAAUAGCACAAUAUAUAUUUCUGUAGCGAUUUUUUAUUACUUAAGGUCAAAAUUUACAAGUGAAUAACAUUUUACGUGCACACUAAUGUGUCAAUUUAAUAUAAAUAUUGUAUUAGCUUCCUAUAUGUAAUUCUGUGCCCUGAUACUUAAAUGGCCAAAGUUACAUUUUUGAGCUGAAUGUAAAAUAAUAUUUGCCAUGAGCCCGAAUCAUUUAAAAAAUAAUCUUUUUUUUUUUAAAACUACAUAUAUUUAAUAUUACUAAUACUAACAAUUAUACAUGGCAUGGCAUGGCAUUUAGAACCAUUAACAUCUGUUCAUUUUUGCGGUUAUGAUUGACAAAAGUAUGCGUUGUUGACAUUGGUCAUUUUAGCACGUGGUCACAGAAUUCGAUUGAUAGAUAUUUACAAAAGUGCUCGUUGAUUUAUGUAUUAUAUUAUAAAAUACUUUCUCUAUAUGUAAAUUAAUUUAAAUAGCUCAUAAAUGUAACAUAUCAUUUUUUGAUGUUGCUCUCCUAUGAAUUCAAUAAUAUUGUCAUCUAUAAAGGCUUCAACAAAAGUAAUUUCCACAGAUAAUGUCCGUAUUAUUCAUAUUAAAUUAUAUUGCUUUUGUGUUGGAUUGCUAAGUUUUAAGUUCAAUUUAUUAGCUUAUUUUUGAUGAAAAGUAAAGAAAAAUAAUAUUAUAUCAAUUUUAAUGAUAGACAUAUCCAUAUAAUGAAGAAGUUUCCGUAUGUAUCAUAUAUACAUUAAUUAGAAUGAAACAAAUAUAAAAAGCCAAGAGGAAGGAAAAAUUAUAGAUGAUAGUUGCGCUUUUAAAAAUAAUCUCAUUCUAUGGGAGUAUGUCAUUUUACGAAGCCUGUUUCCAUUUGGUGAAAUAAAAACAGUAGGUAGUUAAACUUUUUCCCAUUAAUUUAUUAAAUAUCUUACUAGUUUAUUAAAUUUGUCUAUAAAUUGAUUCUACUCAACUAAUUAUAAAAAAAUUAUAUUAUUAUCAAUAUAGUGAAACUUCUCCAUUAUGUGAAGAUAUUGGGUUUCAUAAAAUAAGCUAUUAAUUUGUUACAUGUACACAUGGAAUUAACUGUCCAGCAUGUAGUCAUAUGUAAUAAUAAAAUCAAUAUUCAGAAACAAAUAACAAGGCAACCAGUUUAACCGUCCACUGCCAAAAUUACUAUCAAAGUAUUAGUAAAAACGACAGCAAAAUAACAUUUAAUAAUAUGCCAAUGUUUUUGUUUCGAUCUUGUAGUGUUCAGUAUUCUUAAUAAGUAAUAUUGAAUAUAUCUAGUCGCUUUGUUAUGUAAUGCACAUUCAAUACCGCUAUCCCUAGCUAUGACGUAUAUGUUUGUACAAUUAUUAUUGUAACUUAAAAAAAAAUAUAUCGUUAUCCAAAAAAGGUUUUCUGUAAAUGUAGGUUGAGCAUAAAAUUGACAUUUAAUAAAUACAAGCGUACUACCGUCGUCAAAACAAGUCAAGACAUUUAAGAAUAUACAUAAUUUUGAUUAGAAAUGCCACCAUCGUCAGACUUGAUUAUUUUUUUUUUUAAUUUAUCUUUAUUUAAACUAGAAAUGUAUCUCAAUUCUGCCUCGUCUAUUAAUAAUAAAAACGUUUGUCAGUUAUGUAUGCAAUUGAAUGAUCUUUAAUGUUAUUUUAUUGGGUUAAAUGAAACUGUUAGAAGCUGUACAAAUACAUAAAUUAUAAUGUACAAAUACUAUAAACAACGAAUAGUAGUUUUGUAACAUUAAACAUAACAUUGAACUAAGUUAGAGUAAAGAAAAGGAAGACUAGGUUUCAAUAGAAAGUAAAAGUGUAUUUAGUACACUCUAGAAAAUGAAAACUUAGCUGAAAACUUUCAUUUUUUUUUGUUAAACAUUACACAAUUUGAUAAAUAUAUUAUUUAGCUAACAUUCUUUUAAGGUUGUCUGAAGUAAAUGCAGUUGACGAAUUUAUAUAAAAUUGAAAAAAAGACAUUCCCGUAGUUUUGUAAAAUAUUCAUUUGUGAUUAAAAACCUAGUCAUAUUUUAGCAAAUGAAAAUACAAAUUUGGCUUUAUAUAGGUCAGUUGCAUUAGGCACGUUAGUGAAACAUUAUUGUUUGUUUAUUUAAAAAUUAAAUUAAAAUUCAAACUGUUUAAAGGCGGUCCCUCACCGAGAGCAUUCGGCCGUAUUGUAAUAGUUAUUAUUCGAGCAUUACAUAAUUGAGUGUAAAGAACUUGAAUUACAGUACGUAACUCAACUGAAUCUUAGAUUGUUACAUUACAGGCGAAUACUCGUCAGUCAGUGAGGCGAUACUGUUAUGUAACAUCACUGUCUAAUAUUUUCAAUAAAACAUAAAGAUUAGAAAUUAUUAAUUAACAUUGUCAUUAUCAAGCAUAUCAUUGUGUAGCACAGCGGUAUUUAGUUGUGAGGCUUUAUAAUCACUUUAGAGAUUCAAAAGUAGAACGAGUAGUGUAUCUCUUAUAGAUGCUUGUGAAUCUCUAGCUAAAUAUAUAAUUCGAAGUGGAUAAGUAAAUACCGUCCCGAUAAGGCAAUGAUGAAAGAUGUUUGUGAUAGAAUGAUUAUUGUAAAUUAAUGUGUUGGUUCGCGAUUUACUCCACGAUGAAAAAUCUCUUAUCUGACUUUGUCGGAAUUGUGAUCCAUCACACAGUAGUGACACAAAUGUGCCAAUUAUUUGUAUAGGUACUUUGUAUUGACUUUAUGUAGAUAUAAUUUUAAGUAUUUGCGACUGAAUAAUGUUAUUUUAAUUUUCGAUGGAAAUAUUUUCAUAUUGCGAUGUCUCAU